AUGCCUUUUGGCUUAAGAAAUGCAGGAGCCACUUAUCAAAGAGCAAUGAAUUCUGUUUUCCAUGAUAUGAUAGGGCAUUCUCUAGAGGUGUAUAUAGAUGAUGUGGUGAUUAAAUCCCCAGAAGAAGGAGAUCAUGUGUCAAAUCUAAAGAGGGCAUUCCUAAGAAUGAGACAACAUAAGUUAAAAAUGAAUCCCAAGAAGUAUGUUUUAGGAGUUCAGGCAAGAAAUUUCUUAGGUUUAUUGGUCCACCAAAGGGGCAUAGAGAUCAAUAAAAACAAUGCAAAAUCCAUCAUAGAAGCUCUACCACCCCGGAACAAGAAAGAACUGCAGAGUCUCCUAGGAAAAAUUAACUUUCUAAGGAGAUUCAUAUCCAAUUCUGCAGGAAAAAUCUAG